AUGGGCCCUCCCGAACAUACGCCACAUCGCAGAUCAACAAGCCCUGAGGAGGUACGUCAGGGCAAGCACGGGGCCGGGUCGAUGGCCCAGCGGUGUUGCACUUACGUCACUCCAGAUGGACGGGGGUAUCAGGUAUACCCUCCAUCCCUCAUUGCGCAAAGUCAGCUGGACGGGGGACUCUCUGCUAUACGGACAACGUCUUGCAAGUCGGGCACUUUAGCAGAUGCGUGGCCCAGGGACCAAGUAGACCGGGACGCUAUACAAGCCUUCCUUCUCACGGCCCGCACAGCGUGCACCUACGUGUGGGAAAGAGAUGGGAGAUGCCACUGUUAUAUGCCUCCCGAGCUUGCUGAGGCAGCACGCAUCGUUCACCUCCAACUAGCCCGGGUAACCCCCCCAGUGGCGGCAAAUGCUAUGGCACCAACCGUUGGAACACAACGAGUGGAUCCGCGAUCACCAGGACAAGACCCUCACAGCCCAGGGAUACGACUCUUUUGCGCACGCUUUCGCGUCAUGCUCGGCGGCUCCUUGGACCUUCGUUCCCCGCCAUUUCCCGACGAACAUGGACAAGGCACGUCUGCCCAGGCUAUUCAUGCUCAGCAUCGGCCUGGGAAUGCAAGACCUCGCCCCCAUGCCGAUUCCCCGCAGCAGAUCAUGGUUCCCGCGCCCACCGCCUCGAACUCUGCUAACCCGCCGCCUUCUCUUUGUGAAACACCUUAG